AUGUACAAACAUGUGUCCCUUCUUUUUGUACUGCUUAACACGUUUAUCCACAGCUAUCAAAUAAAAUACCUUCAUGAAACAUUCAUCACUCCAUUUUUCUCUCGAAAAAGGUGUAGUAUCAGUACUAACCGAGGCCAAUUCAAGGGAGUGCUUAAAUUCAAGUAUCAUUCUUUUUCACACAUUUCCAUAAAAGAAAAAGGGGAAAAUCAAAACGAGUCCAAUAUAUUUGACAAAUCAUAUGUGUAUCAUACCCCAGUGUUAGUUGAUGAAGUGAUAGAGUACCUUAGAAAUGACUCUUUCAGAAAUGGAGGCCAAAGAAGGCAUCACACAGAUGGGGAUGAUCCAAAGGGCAUUCCCCCACUCUAUGAUGGUAAUAAAACUGUAGGAGGAAAAAUAAAAGAAAAGGAAAAAGAAAUUUCUGUCGUACGUGGAAAAAUGGAAAAUUGUGAAACCCUGAAUGAGGGAAAGUCACAAAGGGGUGCUUUUGCCAGACCUUCUGCAUCUGCUUCAUCCGUUCUCGCCCCAGAUUUGUCCUCUCCCGCACCAGAUUCGUCCUUUCCCACACCAAAUUCGUCCUCUCCCACACCAGAUUUGUCCUCUCCCACACCAGAUUUGUCCUCUCCCACACCAGAUUCGGCUUUACCCACAUCUUCCCCCUCAUCAUCAGUACCGUUUCUCCCAAUGGAGGUGAAUUCGACAGAGUACUAUAUCGACGCGACUCUGGGAGGAGGAGGUCACACAAUGGAAAUUUUAAAAAACUUUCCUCAAACCUGCAAAGUUAUAGCAGUAGACAAAGACAUAGAAUCCAUAUAUUAUAAUAAACAUAAACUACAGAAGUAUUUAGAUCAAGAGAAAUUAACCAUAAUACAUGGAGACUAUAGAAACAUUAUGAACCUACUUUAUCGACAUUCGCUUCCACUAUUUGGUAAGUACAGUGGAAUAUUAAUAGAUUUAGGUAUGUCUACCCAUCAGCUAAAAUGUAGAAAGAGAGGGUUUAGCUACAAAUAUAAUGAUCUUCUUGACAUGUGUAUGGACAAAUACACAACAGCAGAGUAUGCCAAAAUGUGUGGAUUCACUGAUCCGUACGAUUCGAAGGGGCCAUCCAUUUCGAGGGAUUCAAAUCAGUCAGAUAAUUCUAAGGAUUCGAACAAUAUGAACGAGUUUAGCACUACGAAUGCAUCGAAAAAGCAAAUAGGAAGAAUCCUCAAUAAAUACAAUUACACACAGUUAAAAUUCAUCAUGUACACUUAUGGUCAAGAAAAGAAGGCAUCAAAAAUUGCAAAAAAAAUUAUUCAGUGGAGAAAAAGCAAUGGAAUGAUUACGACAACAUAUCAUCUACGGGACAUUAUUCUUUCAACAUGUAAACAGAAUUACAAAGCAAAUCAAAAGGUUUUAUCUAGGGUAUUUCAAUCCUUUAGAAUUUAUAUUAACGAUGAAUUAAAUGCAUUAAAAGAGUUUUUAUUAUCAUGUUACAAAUUACUAAAACCAAGAAAAAGACUAGUUGUUAUUUCCUACCAUUCCUUGGAAUAUAGAUGUGUUGAAGCGUUUAUACAAGGGGAAAAAAAAUUAUGGGUAAAAGUUAACGAAAAUGUAAUAACUCCAAGCGAAAUGGAGUUAAAGGUAAACAAUUCUGCACGUUCAGCAAAAAUGUCUGUUUUUGAAAAAAUUUAG